AUGAAGAAUACUUUUCGAAAGUUAAGAGGAAAGAAGGACAAUGAAGAAGGCAAUAGACGGGAGUCCAACGAUGCACGAACUCAAUCCGGACUUACGAUCCAAAACUUCACCCGGAUCUUCCCCUGCUCAGAAACAACAUCAUCCUCUCCCAGUACAGGGCGACUCAGUGGGCAAGGAUCAGUUCCCUUUGAGCAACUUGCUGCGCUUCUAGCAGCACCAGCAUCAAGUACAACCGUGGAAGAAGCAAAAGACCUCUGCAAAAUACCACUACCACCACUUUGCGCAGUGUGCUGUAACUUUGACCCUUACCGCACUCCGCCAGAUCACGACGAGAGCGAGGGCCCGAGAUCGUGGGCCAGGACGGAGUAUAACAUCCCUGAAAGUAUACCAGUCGGGAAGAUCUCAAUCCAGAAGUCGGAAGACUUGAUCGAAUCUGCGAAACGUGGAUGUUUCUACUGCUCCAUGGUCUUUGCAGCACUCGGUGCAGUAAGCCCUGGUUGGGACAGCGAGAAGUCAUUCAUCCAUAUCUUUCUAGCAGCAGGCUUGCCAGUAUGUGUUCGACUGCAGUUUGGUGUGACAUCCACUGUCGCUCUAGGGAAGGAAGAGAUGCUCGAACUUGGUAUCGAGCUGGAGGAGGGACAGGUCAUGGACUUCGUCAUGACUGUUGGCGAUCCUAACAAACCAGCUAUCGACGUGGAAAUUUAUCGACCUCAAGUUCCCCUCGAUCAGAGAACCGUUGCCUGUGGGCCUCUGCCUUUGCUUCCCGAUCGCGUUGUUUGGAUCGAAGCCAACCAAGGAACUGGCAUUCAGCUCGUGGAGCCCAAAGAUCUUCGUGCAAAGUACAUCGCACUUAGUUAUUGCUGGGAUCCCGUGACUCCAGACGCGUAUCUCACAGACGCGUCCACAUUCAAUCAGAGGAAAGUCGGCAUGUUAUACGUUGACUUACCGCCUCUCAUUCAAGAUAUUGUCAGCUGUGCCCGCAAGCUUGGGAUUGAAUACAUUUGGAUAGAUCGGCUGUGCAUCACUCAGGACGAUGCCGAGGAUGUGCAUCGUCAGACACUUCAGAUGGGGGAGAUUUACGGAAAUGCCACUCUGACUAUUAUAGCGCCGUCUGCCUCUUCUGAAAAUGACCGCAUUUUGGUUGAUAGAGGUACCAAAUGGCAGGCUUAUGGCCUUGCCUUGGAUAUCAAUGGAAUUGGCUCUCUGACGCUUCGAUUCCGUCGGCGAACGCAUCCCUUGGGCAAGGACGACACCGGGGCUGAUUACGGCAAGACCUGUACAAGGGCUUGGUGUUGGCAGGAGCGGCUCCUCUCUGGGAGGACAAUCUUUUAUACACCUGGAGCUCUGAAGUUUGAAUGCCAUUGCCAUUCCAUCUGGGAAGGGUUUGGUCAAGGCGUCACAAGCCAUUCCUGGUCUGCGAAGCUUGACGACAUAUCGCACUAUUCUUGGACAAUGCUGGUGGAGGAAUAUACAAGCAGGGACAUCACUCCCCCUUCCGAUCGGCUUCCAGCUGUGGAGGCAGUCAUGAAGCGCAUUGAAAGAAGUCAAGGGUGGACUCCUCUUUGGGGAAUAUGGUCUAAUAUGCUCGUCGAAAGUCUCGGCUGGGAGUCCAGAGAGUCGGAGCAAAUCGGAAUGCACGCGGCACGCAUGAAUCCAGGGCGCUACGCUCCAACUUGGAGUUGGGCUAGCGUCGAUGGCCAUAUUUCCUACGUGUCUGGCAGACCCGUAGAAGGCUUUGGAAUCAACCAAGUGGUAUACGAUCUGGAACUCCGAAAGCUCAAUGCUGCCUCAGGCCUGAUCACCGUCGUUGGCCACCUCGUUUUAGUCGAGCUCAGUUGUCGUAUAGAGGCCGAUGGGCUCUCGGAAACUGAAGCGGGUGAGGAGAAGGAGCUCAAGUAUAAAUACGAGGUACAAGGGGUUUACGCCGAUGCCAGUGGCCCGCAGGGAUUUCCUAUGAAACCCGACAUUGCCCUGAAGCCAUGGAGUGGUGAUGUCAACGGGCGGCAUAUAUCGACUGUCAUCCGGGUACCCUUUGGAGAGGCGAUUCCGGAGAAGUCUUGGAACGCUGAUUGCCUUUGCCUCUUGGUCAGCAAGAGCAGGCUGCGAUGUCUUGUCCUCUUUCUCGGGGCCUCGCUGCUUGAAUCUGGCGUUUGGGAGAGGCUUGGGAUGGUGGAAGGGCUCCAUCCUGGUAUCUUCAGAAACUCUCAAAGGCAGACCAUCAAUAUUGGUUGA